CAGACUGAUCCACCAGCUGGUGGCGGUGAUGCGCCAACACAGUGUUUGCAAACCCGCCAAUAAACCUCAGAGAAGAAGAAGAAGCUUGGGACGUGUAGAAGAAGAAGAAGAAGAAGAAGAGGGGGACGUGUAGACGUGUAGGAGAAGAGCUGUAUGAGGAAGCAGAGCAGCUGAGACAUCUGUCGGUCUCACCACGGUAGCAGACAGCAGCAGUAAACUAGAUCAACUAUGGAGAGUCCUGAGUUGUCCUUCACUCUGGCCUACAUCGUCUUCUCUCUCUGCUUCGUCUUCACGCCCAACGAGUUCCGGUCUGCCGGUCUGACCGUCCAGAACCUGUUCUCCUCCUGGCUGGGCAGCGAGGAGGUGGGCUUCAUCCAGUACCACAUCAGGAGGACCAGCAUCACCCUGCUGCUGCACUCCGCUCUGCCUCUAGGUUACUACAUGGGGAUGUGUAUCGCUGCUCCAGAAAAAAACCUGGGAUACAUUCACGAGGUGAGCGACGGCUGGAGAGCGUUUCUCCUCCUCUCCCUCUGCCUCCAGUUGACCAGCUGGACGUUCGUCAUCUACUGGUCCCAUCAUCACUGGCACAAGCAUCCGAUCAGCCGAUCCCUGCGGGCCCACGUACGGCCUCCUCACUCCGGCUGGGGCUCCGUGGCAACCAGCAUCAACGAUGAGUUCAGACGCAUAGAUAAGUUUGCCACAGGGGUGCCUGGAGCCAGAGUUAUUGUUACUGACAGCUGGGUGUUAAAGGUGACCACCUAUCACGUCUACAUGGCCUUACAGAGUGAAUGUGACGUGACGGUGACAGAGUCCAGACAGCACCAGCUGAGUCCAGACUCGGCCUCCCCCUCGCAGAUCUUGACCCUGAGAGUGGACAGCGUCAACCCCGCCGUCAAAGCAUUUAAUAUCGGGCUCAACUCUACGGAGUACGCAGAGCUCAGGGAGAAGCUCCACGUUCCCAUCAGAAACUCUGCCAAUGUAGUGAUCCACCAAACCAUCAGUGAACUCUUCCUGGAUACAUUUAGAGCUCAGGUGGACCUCAAUCAAGCAUACACACUCCCCAGUGGACAGGAGGUGGAACCCUGUAUAGGCUGUAUGCAGGUUCAAGCAAACACCAAACUGGUCAGACUCUGCCACGCAGAAGGAGCCGACAACGAGCCAGAGUGCCAGCAGUGUUUCUGCAGACCCAUGUGGUGUCUGUCCUGUCUGGGUCGAUGGUUCGCCAGCCGCCAAGACCAGCAAAGACCCGAAACCUGGUUGUCCAGCAGAGUCCCCUGCCCCACCUGUAGAGCCAAGUUCUGUAUACUGGACAUCUGUGUGGUCCACUGACAAAAGACACGCAUAACAGAUCAAAACAGACUUUUCCCUCUCAAAAUAAUGUGGAGGUGUGUUUUUUAAGCGUUGUUCAGCAACAAACUUAAUGACAGUAUGUACCUGCUCAUUCUGUACUUUCAAUAAGGAGGGAUCAUUACUCUGUUCUGAUAAAACAUUUGUUUCGAACCCCAGCAUAGUGUAAAAUGGCACGAUCAAUGUGCCAUUUAGUGAGAUAUGCUUGUUUGGUGUCAAAUAAGAGGGAUGAAAUCAGUCUGCCUGAUCUCUGUGCAGUCAUUGAGGAGACAUCCAGAAUGUGUUUAGGUUGGCAUGAAGACUGACUGCAAGGAGAAAAUCCAAGCAAAAAGAAAUGCCUAUGACCACUGUACCUGGCCUGUAUCACUUAACAUCCACUUCAGAAUGCUCUACAGAGCCAACGUAUAACUGACUUGCUCCUACUUACAUCAAAACCAUCAUCAGAGCAACUCUCAAGUGUUCACAUGGUCAUUCAGGAACAGCCCAGCAGACACAAGGAUUUAAUCUACAUCUGCCUCGUUGUUUAUUCUUUCAAAACCUUUACAUGUUCUCAGUUAUAAAGUUAUUCUGUAAAAGCA